GACACUAGAAGUGGUAUAUCUGCUAGUGGGACAUCACACACUCUGCAUGGUCUAGAGGAGGGAACUGAGUAUUUUAUUACUGUCACUGCCACUCUGAGUGGAGGAGACGGGAGAGGUGCUGCAGACACACUGACUGGAGGAGGGAGUGCAGAACGCUCUAUCACAGCCUCUACAAUGACUGCUGCUCCAUCUGCCCCUCCUACCGAUGUGGUGGUGACGGUUGAGAGUUCCACUAGUAUUGCAGUCCAGUGGGGACCAGUGGAGUGCAGACAUCAGAAUGGAGAGAUAGCAGGCUACUUGGUGAGGUAUGGGGAGGAGGGUAGCAGCGAGGAAGCCAGGAGUGUUCAGAUGGUGUCAGGAGACUCCAGUGGAGGAAUUACCACAGUGUCUGGACUAAAUAGACAGACUAUAUACACAGUGCAAGUGGCAGCAGUGACCAGUUGUGGUACUGGAGAAUACAGUCACCUCGAGACUAUUGAAACUCCUGAUGAUGUCUUCCUCCGUCUGAAUGGAACUGUCAUCCCUAAUAAUGGCCUUUUGAAUAUCAGUGGUAUCGGUUCCACUGAUGACACUGCUCUACUGUGUAUCACUAACCGUCCUCCACCAUCUGGUAGUUUUCAUUCUGGAGGAGACUGGUUUUCACCAGAGAGGAACAGAGUACAACAUACUGAUGUUCCAGGAUUUACCAGAAACAGAGGUCCUAUGGUAGUGAGACUAAAAAGGACAAGGAGUGGAACUCCAACAGAGGGAAUAUAUCACAGUGUAAUACAGGAUAGUACAUCCACAUAUGAGACAGUCAAUGUGGGUCUUUACAACAGUGGAGGAGGAAUUGUUACACUGUCUGGAGGUGUGACUUUCACUUUGGACUCUGAUAGUCAGUUCACCCUCACCUGUAUCUCCACUGGUGGACCUGCUACCACCGUCACUUGGACCAGAGACUCCACCACUGUCACCCAAGGAACCCAGACUGUGUUGAAUGACCCAGUGACUGCACGGUACACCCACACUCUGUUAGUCAGGGGAAGACGGGAAGGAACCUUUACAUGUACUGUGGCUAACAACCAUCCUAGUCAGAGUUCAGCAGAGCUCACUGUAACAGCUCCUUCUCCACCCUCUAAUGUCAGUGUGUCUCAAAAUGGACCCACCAGCCUACUGGUGACCUAGACACAGUCUGAAGGACCUGGUGUCACUGGGUAUACCAUCUACUACCAGAGUAAUAUAGAUGGAGAAGAGAGAAAAUCAGUGAUGGCAGG